CAACUGCUGAAGGACAGAGGCAAGUCAGGCUAGAAACACCAGACUGGGCUAGGGUAUGGCUCAGUGGAAAAUGCCUACCAAGUAUACCCCAGCACUGCAAAACAAAACAAAACAAAAAAACCCCAAGCAGACACCUUUUACCCCACAAAAGAUAAAACAUACACGACCCCAAGGUGCAGUUUCUCCCACACCUGCUCCUUGGGGCAGACAAGCACACAGCUCAACCCAUCUUAGGGAACACUCCAGAAGCAGGACCCUAAGUGCCCAGAGUGUGUAGACACUACAUCAGCCUCAAUGUCAGGGCAGAGCUGGACAAGAUUUGGAGCUCUCCUGGUAACAACACCCUCAUCUCACAUGGGAGAAAGGGGACAAGCCAAGAUUAGCACAGCAGCACAGCCAGACCUCAGAGCUCCUUACCUGCCACCCCUCCACCAGGGCCAGGCCCACAUGGAUAGCACAGGGACAACCCAAAGCCAACUGGGCACCUCUCAGGAAACCUGACUUCCACUGUUGAUUUCUAUCCUGGGGACAGAGGCAUUUUUAGUUCCAAGAAACGCGGUGCAGCCCACACAAACUAGGCCACCUCAGAAAUGAGGUCACUGAACAAACAUGAGGCUUCCAAUAUAAGGAACAGCCACCCAGCAGGCACCAGAUCUACUAGACAUCCUAGUCAUCUGUCCCCCGCCUCCCCGACAAGGCCAUGCUCUCUGCGGGGACCAUCUGCAGCUUCCUACUCCUCAGCAUGCUCUGGAUGGAUGUGGCCAUGGCAGGUUCCAGCUUCCUGAGCCCCGAGCAUCAGAAAGCCCAGCAGAGAAAGGAGUCUAAGAAGCCACCAGCCAAAUUGCAGCCACGAGCUCUGGAAGGCUGGCUCCACCCAGAGGGCAAAGGACAGGCAGAAGAGGCAGAGGAGGAGCUGGAGAUCAGGUUCAAUACCCCCUUCGACACUGGCAUCAAGUUAUCGGGGGCUCAGUACCAGCAGCAUGGCCAGGCCCUGGGGAAGUUUCUUCAAGACAUCCUCUGGGAAGAGACCAAAGAGGCCCCAGCUGACAAGUGACUACAAACAAGACUGGCCUACUCUGCUUUUCUCCUAAGCUAGACCUCUCAUCUGGCCUUUAGACUCUUCUGUAGCAACUCCCAGCACUGUCACACUGACUUAAUAAUAAAUGUUCAAGCUGUAUGUCAAA